AUGAAGGAGGAGGGGGAAGUAGUAGUGAAAGAGGUGAAGGGGAGAGGAGGAGGAGGAGGAGGAGGAGGAGGAGGAGGAGGAGGAGGAGAUGUAGAAAGAGGGAAGACGAUCGGAGGAGGAGGAGGAGGUGUAGGAGGAGGAAGAGGAUUGAAGGAGGAAGAGGAUGAGCAGGAAGGCGGAGGGGAAGAGGACCCUCGUCCAGAAGAGCGUUCGCCCAAAACGGCGUCUUGCGCCAACAUCCGGACGACCGGAUCAAGGCAGCGAUGUCGCAGACGAGACGAGACUGAAAGCAAACCUUUCCUCACUUCUCCGCCGCAGUCAAUCGCAAAAUCGCAAACAAAACUCUAUCACAAACAAGCAUCAUCAUCAUCAUCAUCAUCAUCAUCUUCACAACAGCGACUGGCGAAGGAGAGAACAAACCGGCACCAACAAUGA